GACCCGGUAAGCGCAGGCGGCAUACUUGCUUGUCGUCGAACGUCCCAUCCCCGACACUCCCUCGCGGUCGCCUCAAGACUCACGACAUCAAAAUGGCCGCGGUAUCAGCUCUCCCCAAGGAUCUCUCCAAGCUUAACGGCGAAGUUAAGCUCUUCGGCAAAUGGGAAACCCAGGAUGUUGAGGUGAAGGACAUCUCCCUCACGGACUACAUCCAGAUCCGCCACGCUGUGUUCCUCCCCCACACCGCCGGCCGCUACGCCAAGAAGCAGUUCAAGAAGGCGCAGAUGCCCAUCGUCGAGCGUCUUGUCGACAGCCUGAUGAUGAAGGGCCGCAACAGCGGCAAGAAGCUCCUUGCCGUCCGGAUCGUCGCGCACGCAUUCGAGAUCAUCCAUCUCCUUACGGACCAGAACCCCAUCCAGGUCCUCGUCGACGCUAUCGUGAACACUGGUCCCCGUGAGGACUCGACGCGUAUCGGUUCUCAGGGUACCGUCCGGCGUCAGGCCGUCGAUGUCUCCCCCCUGCGCCGGGUGAACCAGGCGGUUUCCCUCUUGACCACCGGCACGCGCGAGUCCGCGUUCCGUAACGUCAAGUCGGUUGCGGAGUGCUUGGCUGAUGAGCUCAUCAACGCGGCGAAGGGCUCAUCCAACUCAUAUGCCAUCAAGAAAAAGGACGAGCUCGAGCGUGUUGCGAAGUCCAACCGGUAAGGCGGAUCGGAGAGGCGCCGUGGCUGGCUAUGGGUCUACUGCAUGUUUUCUCUCUAUUGCUAUCACUAUCAUGACGCUCCAUGUUGCCCAUUUGAAUGCUUAUGGCGAUGCUCUUGACGAACCGGACGGGCUUGAUCACCAAAAGCAAGUGCGGUCUCGACCAUCCCGGCGUCUUCGGGCCGCCGCAUCAGACAGCAUGUCCGGUGUCUGCCGCAUUGCAAGUGCUAGCAGUUUGUGUCUGCGAUUUUGUACCCCCAUUCGGAUGUAAGACGUCAAGCGAAUCGGGCGCGUAACGCUAGUUUCCGUUGCGUAAAGCCGUCGUAACGCAGUUACGUUCACGGUGCCCUC